AUUGCGCCUUGUUGUGUAUUCCCGUACUCGCAUCGCCAUCUUGUUGCAAUCCCUCUUUUACGUAUGUGAGGAUUUAACUACGAUUUGUCCCAUACUUUUUUUGUUAUUUUGAAAAGAAAGAGAGGAACCACUCACGCGCGUUUGUGAAUUAUACAACGUGUACUUGCUUCCCGGGAUUAUUUGUGCGUUUUCCUUCUGUCCCGGGCAACCGGGCUGCUACCGAAAGGGGCAAGCGAGAUGAGCAUCGAUACUCUUCUGGAGGCGGCCAGAUAUCUGGAAUGGCAAGCCCAGCAACAACAGAUUGCACGUGAGGAGGAGCAGAGAAGAGAGAAGGCGGAGCUUCACAGUCGAGAGCCUGAGCCCUGGAGAGUGGAGGUGGUGACUUCUUCCGCCCAGCCAAUCAGGUUCAAUCAUGCCCCCUGGGGGGAGGAGUCGCACCAUCAGCACUUGCACAUCUCCCCAGCCCCUCCUCCACCUCCACCCCCUCCCUCUCUCCCUCCACCUCAAGUCCCUAUCGCUGUCCUCCCCAUGGUCCCCAUUGUCACAGCAGCGCCCUCUGUCCCGCCCCUUCCCCUGGUCACACCUGUCACGGUCGCGCCGGCAACGUCGCUGAACGGCUCCCCGCCAGCCAAGAAUGGCUCCUCCCCGACGCAGCAGCAUCCAAUCACACACCACCUGAUGUGCGCCACCCAGAUGAAGGUCGAGCCUAAUUCGCUGACGCCGCUGACAGGUGUUACUCCCAACCAACCUCAGCCUCAGGUCCAGAUUCCGUACCCGACCACUAUCAUCACCACCAGUACGGCCAGCUCCCAGCAUGCUCUGCUUCCCCAGCAAGGCCCGCCCACUCCUCAACCUCGUACCAAUGGAAUGGUCAUGGAUGACAUGAGAGGACUGGAUGGGAAGAGACGACCAGGGGGCUUAUAUCUAUUCUUCAGAGCGGGAACAAGAGAGGUGCACAAUAAGCUGGAGAAGAACAGACGAGCUCAUCUGAAGGAGUGUUUUGAGACGCUGAAGAAGAACGUUCCUAACGUGGACGAGAAGAAGACGUCGAACCUCAGUGUUCUCCGCAGUGCUCUGCGCUACAUACAGACUCUAAAGCGCAAGGAGAAAGAGUACGAGCAUGAGAUGGAGCGCCUGGCGCGAGAGAAGAUUGCCACGCAGCAGAGACUGGCUGAGCUGAAGAAUGAGCUCGGCCAGUGCAUGGAUGUUCUGGAGAUAGACCGGGUUCUCCGACAGACAGUCCAGCCAGAGGAGGACCAGGCGUCCACAUCCACUGCCUCAGAAGGGGAGGAGAUCUUUGACCAGGACAUUGAUGAGGAUGUGUCACCUCCUCCGCCCUCCUCGUUGCGCAAGCUGCCUCCGCCCAUCCUGCAGACCCAACCACUCCUCACUUCUCACCUGUCCAUCCAGCACACAGCCCUCCCCCUCUCGGGUGUCCUGACCAGCCCGACCCUCUCGGCCGGCCACCCCCCUCAGGCCAUCGCUCCGGCACCGGCCACUCACCCCCUCCUGCCUCCAUCCAUUCAAGUACAGCCCACUGUCAUCGCCCAUGCCGCUGUUUCCCACCCAUCAGUCAUCCAGGCUGUCAAUCAUGUCCUCCCAGCCAAGCAUCUGACACACAUCGCCCCUUCUCCUGGCCCCCCUUCAUCCACCCCUCAACCAAUGGCAGCCACUGUUGCGGCUCACCAGCCAAUGACUGCCCAGCCCAUUGGACACAUCACUGUCCACCCUGUAGCUCACAUACCCUCCCACCUCUACCCCCAGGGCGUGUCUGUUUCCCAGCCAACUGUGGUGGGCCACAUAACCCACACCUUCACCCACGUCCAGGCUAACCCCCAUGCUAACGCUAACGGAGGCCAGGUCAAGGGUGCUGCCAUGCCUGGCCAGGGGAGCCCAUCCUUGGGGAAGCCCACCGCUGUCCUUACCCCCCACCACCAGCUAGUUGGACAGGCCACCGUCCUUAACCCUGUCACCAUGGUGACUGUUCCGCCAUUCCCUGUGAGCACGCUCAAACUGGCUUGAAGGAGAGGAUCAACGGCCGAUGGAGCCUAAACUACAACACGAUGAGUCAGACUCCUACAGGGUUUUGAACAACACCAGAACAUUCCUGACAGACGUGCUGGUGACAUAGACUAAUCUGCAGUCAGUACGCUACUCUUCAGAUUAACUAGUGAACAAAAGUAGGAGCUGUUCCGGGGGGGGGGGGG